AUGUCCAAGAUCCUUGCGGUCUUUGGCGCUACCGGCCAACAAGGCGGUUCAGUCAUUGACCAUGUGCUGAACGACCCAGAGCUCUCCCAAAAGUACAAGAUCCGUGCCAUCACCCGCGAUGUCAGUUCGGAGAAGGCCAAGCUACUCAAGGAGAAGGUCGAAGUCGUUCAGGGUGAUGUGCUCAACCGAGCCUCCCUCGAGACAGCUUUGACCGGCGCGCACACCGUCUUUGCCAUGACACCACCUUCAUCCGGACGACCCGACGGCUUGGAGGUCGAGUACAAUAGUGGCAAGAUGAUUGCCGACGUCGCCGUCGAAAAAGGUGUCGAGUACAUCAUCUUCAGCACUCUGCCGCCCGUCAGAGAGAUCUCUGGCGGCAAGUACACCAAGGUCACCCCCUUCGACGCCAAGGCAAAAGCUGAGCAGUACAUUCGACGCCUUCCCAUCAAGAGCGCCUUCUACUCACCGGGAUCAUUCAUGGAGAAUUUCCAGUCCCAGGCCUUCUUGGCUCCACGCCAGGUUUCUGAUGGUACAUGGGUUAUGGCCCGCCAUACUUCUCCCAAGGCCCAGAUGCCCUUGAUCAACGUUGUCGGGGACACAGGCAAGUUCAUUGGCGCCAUCCUCGCCGAGCCCGACAAGUAUGAAGGCAAGACGUUCUGCGCCGCCACAGCACUAUACAGCUUGGAGGAGAUAGCCGCCCUUAUGUCCAAAGCCACAGGCAAGACCAUCGUCUACAAGCAGAUCCCACUUGAGGACUUCAAGAAGAGCUUACCGUUUGGGGUUGACUUCUUCGUUGAAGCGUUCAGCUACGGAGAGGAGUUCGGCUACUACGGCCCAGAUACUGAGAAGUUGGUAGCUUGGGCCGCUAGGAACGCCCGAGGCCGACUUUCCACUCUUGAAGAGUACUUGAAGGCAUAUCCUCUUCAACUCGCAUAA